AUGUAUGCAAAUUUGGGGAGUAUUGUGGACUCGAAUAAGGUUUUUGAUACCUUGACAAAACAUAAUGAAGUUUCUUGGAAUGCAAUUAUUUCGGGUUUUACAUUAAAUGGACUGCAUUUGGAAUCAUUUGAUCAUUUCCUUCAAAUGAAGAAUGAAGGAAUCAGGCCGAAUAUAUAUACAAUAAUUAGUAUUUCAAAAGCCGUAGGGCAAUUAGGUGAUAUGGACAAAGGGAAAGAAGUUCAGUCUGUUUCCUUUGAGUUGGGCGUAGAGUCUGAUGUGCAAGUGGGGACAGCUCCCAUUGAUCUCCAAGAAGCUUUGGAACUCCAUGUAAGAAUGCGUCAUAAUAAUAUAAAAUCGGAUGUCUAUACAUAUUGUAGUAUAUUCAAUGCCAUUGCUGAUUUUAAGUAUUUACAUUUCGGGAAGGAAGUUCAUGGGAUGGUUUUGAAGUCUAGUCGUGAUAUGAUGGUUAUUAGUGUUUGUAAUGCAACUGUUGAUGCAUAUGCCAAAUGUGGAGCUCCUGAAUACAUGAGGGAAAAAGGUUUUAGACCCAACCAGUUUACCUUCUCUAGUGUGUUGGUUUCUUAUUCUAGGCUUUGUUUUCUUGAGUACGGACAGCAAAUUCAUGGUCUUUUGUGCAAGGCUGGGUUGGACAAGUACAAGUGCAUAAAGAAUGCUCUGGUGGACAUAUAUGCAAAAUGUGGCAGUGUAAAUGAGGCAAAGAAGGUCUUUGAAAGAAUCUUUGAAUGGAUUUCUAACCCUGAUACUGUCUCAUGGACAGCCAUGAUAUCGGGUUAUGCCCAACAUGGUCUCAGAGGAUGUCGUUCGACUCUUUAG